AAAAGGGGUCCCGGGAGGGACAGAAGGGUUUGAUUGGUUCCGGUCCCUAACGCGGGGAUAAUCCCUCUCAGCGCAGCAGCUCUCUUGAACCCCGUGCCGGCACACGGCACCGAGCCCUGGGGACGCCGGUCCGAAGGGCACCCAGCUCUGCCGGGCGCCGCCGGUCCCCGCUGCGCGGCGGGACGCCGUGCCUGCGCCGAGGGCACCGGGGGCGGUGCCUGCGCGCCGCUCGUCCGCACGUGCCCUGCGGCGGCCGGGAGCAGCGGCGCGGUGCGCUGCGGUGCGGCAGCAAAUGUCCUUCCUGCCUGACUUCGGGAUCUUCACCAUGGGCAUGUGGUCUGUUGGUCUUGGAGCCAUUGGUGCAGCUGUGACAGGCAUUGUCCUUGCUAACACUGACUUAUUUUUGUCCAAGCCAGAAAAGGCUACAUUGGAGUUUUUAGAUGAGAUAGAGCUAAAAACUUUGGGAUCAGAAGAAAGAACAUUCAAAGCAGGAGAACUAUGGAAGAAGAAUGGUGCAGUGAUCAUGGCUGUGCGAAGACCUGGAUGAUUUUUGUGCAGAGAGGAGGCUUCUGAGCUCUCCUCUCUGAAACCUCAGCUGUCCAAGCUGGGUGUCCCUCUCUAUGCUGUUGUGAAAGAGAAGAUAGGGACUGAAGUGGAGGAUUUUCAGCAUUAUUUCAAAGGAGAAAUCUUUCUGGAUGAAAAGAAAGGCUUCUAUGGUCCACGCAGACGAAAAAUGAUGAUGUCAGGCUUCUUCCGCUUUGGGGUCUGGCAAAAUUUCUUCCGUGCUUGGAAAAGUGGAUAUAGUGGUAACCUGGAAGGAGAAGGAUUCACCCUGGGAGGAGUAUAUGUCAUUGGGGCAGGAAGACAGGGUGUUUUACUGGAGCAUCGUGAGAAAGAAUUUGGAGACAAAGUCAGCCUUCUAUCUGUCCUUGAAGCUGCUGAGAAGAUAAAACCACAAGCUUCAUAAGCAGAAAAAUAGUCGCACAUGUUUCUGAUCACAGCUUGAAAUGUAGAAUGCAUGUUUCUUGAAUGUGCAGUUUAAUUGCUUCUUAACUGUUUAGUGACCAACGCAGAGGAAAGAUUCUCUAUUCAAACAUACAAAAUGAUGAAAAUCCUCCUGGAUCUUUUUUUUUUUUUUUAACUUUGCAGCCUUUCAGGUGGUCAAGAUUUCAACUGCUCUUUUGUGUCCGACUGUAUUAAUGAAAGGCUGGGUCUAAAAUCUGACCUAGCCUAGAUGUUUUCAGUCAGAGACAGUCAGUUGAAAACCUGCCUACCUAGGGGAGAAAAACUCCUAAGGCUGGAGUAACGGAGUACCAGUUGAGGUCGAAGCAUAAUAAAACUAUGUAAAUGAAA